AUGCACCUUCUGUCAACAGUCAGUACAUCCGUCCUACGUCUAUUUGGUGGAUCACAAACUGAACUCUCCACAAGAGUCCGUGUGCAUCCUGAAUCAACCAAUGCAUUACGCAUUACUUUGUUGAUGCACACGCACAUCACUGGCAGGUUGGUUCUCAUUACUCGGGGCAAGAGUGGCGCUCACAUCUGCCCUGUCUCCCCUGUCUCCGCCCUCCUUUUGGCACCUGACAUUUUUGGUUGUUCAAACUUGGUUGUCCAGCAAAUUCAUAUUGAAAAUGGGAGUGCAACAAUUAGAUUCUUUGAUAAAGAAGUGGCCAAUAGAGUUGAAUCAGAAUCACCCAUAUUCUUUCGUGGGAAAUGGAUAGAUAUAAUUAAAGAUACAUCAGACAGUGAAAUGCAGAAAAAUGAAGUUGCUACAAAAACUGUUUCUCUACAUGGUGUGCCAGAAGAUAUGAACUUGGAUGAGCCUCAGUCAUUCUUUGAGAAUGGAAGAAGAUCUGGUAGAGGAAAAAUUGAGAAAGAAACAGAAAGGGAUGAAUCCACAAAUGUUGAAAUAACAUCUGCUUCAGAGGAAGACAAAGUAGAAGCUAAAAUUCUUCUGUCAGAAAUUCCUAUGGCCAAUAGAGUUGAAUCAGAAUCACCCAUAUUCUUUCGUGGGAAAUGGAUAGAUAUAAUUAAAGAUACAUCAGACAGUGAAAUGCAGAAAAAUGAAGUUGCUACAGAAACUGUUUCUGUACAUGGUGUGCCAGAAGAUAUGAACUUGGAUGAGCCUCAGUCAUUCUUUGAGAAUGGAAGAAGAUCUGGUGGAGGAAAAAUUGAGAAAGAAACAGAAAGGGUCACAUGCACAAAUCUUGUUGAAAUAACAUUUGCUUCAGAGGAAGUUGCUUCAAAAUGGUCCCAGUUGAAACAUGCAGAUUUUGACAUUAAACUCUACAAUGAUUAUAUAAGUGGAGUGGCAAAAGAAAUUGUUCGAAAAGGAGGCCAAGUGAUUCAAGAUGAAUGUGAUAAAUAUAUGUCUGGCCAAAGUCUUGUGGAUGUUCUUGAAGGAAGUACAAUUGUUACAACUGCUGGCAAACUUGAAUGCAAAUUAAUUAUUCAUGCAGUUGGCCCAACUUGGAAUGGUGGAAAUAAUUAUGAAAUUGAAUCUCUCUCAGAAGCUAUCAUAAAUUCUUUAGUAAUUGCAGAGAAAAGAAACUGUACCUCCAUCGCAUUCCCUGCCAUUAGCACAGGUAAUAACACUGCACUACAUUUUCACCAGGAAAUAAAUAGGACAGGAAUUUAA